UUUACCUCCCAGCUACAGUCAUGUGUGUUUAUGUUGUUGGGUGUUAUAUGUUUGACAUAAAUAAUUGUUAUAAGUAAUAUUAAGUUAUUACAAUGGAGCCGAAUACUACUUCUGAUAUGAAAAUAGAAGACAAUGCAGCUGCAGACAAAGAAAAAGUGGAAUUAUUUCAAUAUCUUGAAGACUUCAGUAAAAGAUUGCAGCAAAAGCUUGAAUUAUAUAACAAAAAUCAGCAAGCAUGUAAGAAAAGACCUGAUGCUACUGCACUUUCUAAACUUGAUUCAAGUUUAAAGAAAAACACAGCUUUUGUCAAAAGAUUGAGGAACUUCACAGCAGGCCAGUUAGAUACUUUUUUAAGAGAUCUGAGUGGCCUUAAUCUAUCCAAAUAUUUGAGUGAGGUGGCUACAGCCCUUGUGGAAGUAAAAUUGAAAAUAACAGAUGUCCCAGCUGCCGUACAGCUAUGUUGUCACAUUCAUUGGACUUACGCUGAUUUCGCAUCGAUAUUUUUGGAACAUUGGAUAAAAACAUUACAUCUGAAAAAAAAUGAACCGAUUGAAAAUGUCAGCAAAUUAAGAGUUGAUCUUCGAUUUUAUGGGGAUCUGGUUUCGUCGGGAAUGCUUUCUAACAAGGAAGCACUUCCAUUACUCGGAACAGUGUUGACAAUUCUCACAAAUAGGGACAAAGAAAAUCAUCACAAUGUUAAUAUUAUCAUUAGCUUUUGUAAACAUUGCGGAGAAGACUUUGCAGGUCUUGUGCCCAAACAUGUUAGGAAAUUAUGUGAAAAAAUUGGAGUUGAAUUACCCAGGAGUACUCUUCUCUCAAGUGAAAAGCAGAGUAAUGUCCGUUCUUUGUUUAAAGAGUAUUACGGAUCAUUAUGCCAACAUCUUUUAAAGGACCAUGCUAAAGUACAAGCAUUUGAAAGGCAAAACGAGCAGAUGCUGCGACUUAAGGGAGAGGUGCGGCAGGAAAGAAUAAGUCAGUUGGAACUGAUGCAAACCGAGUUGCAGACACUGUUGACUAGCGCUGAAACAUUAGCUGAGCUUCUCGAUCAACCGCUCCCGCCCCUGCCGAAUUUAAGUUUAUCAAAUGACAGAAGUCCUGUAGACACUGAAGAAGGCUUGAUGUUAGACGAAGGCAUUUGGGAAGACGAAGAUGCCAGGUGUUUUUAUCAAGUUUUCCCGAAUCUCCAAGAGUACCUUCCGACGUUAAAGUCUACCACAGAGCAACCACCAACUGAACCACCUAUGAGUGAAGAUAAAUUAGAUGAAGAAAUAAAAGAUGAAGAUUUUGAAGUCGAAGAAGUCCCGAAAGAAGAAGAAACAGCUUUAGCAGAUGAACCCGAGGAAGGGGGGAGUGCCAAUUCUAAAGUUGCUUUGGAAACAUAUUUAAAUAAUUUACCAAGUUGCGUUAAUAGAGAAAUGAUUGAUAACGCAGCGGUUGAGUUUGUCGUCUGCUUAAACACUAAGACAGCUCGACGGAAACUUGUCAAGACAUUGUUCGGUGUACCUAGAACGAGGCUAGAUCUUUUACCUUUUUAUGGAAGAUUAGUCGCCAUAUUGAAUCCUGUCAUUCCAGAAAUUGCAGCCAAUCUUACCAGUCUUUUAAAACAGGACUUUAAAUACCACAUAAAGAAAAAAGACCAGAUAAACUUAGAAUCGAAAAUAAAAGUCUCUAGGUUUAUCGGGGAGCUAGUAAAAUUUGAUUUAUAUCCGAAAAUCGAAGCAUUGUAUUGUUUAAAACUUCUGCUUUUUGAUUUUUCUCAUCAUCACAUAGAAAUGGCAUGUAAUAUUCUUGAAACAUGUGGACGUUAUUUGUACAGAAAUAGUGAAUCUCAUCACAGGACUAAAAUAUAUAUGGAUGAUAUGAUGAGGCUGAAGUCAGUUACUGCUCUCGAUAUCAGGUAUACCAACAUGAUAGAGAACGCUUAUUAUUACGUUAACCCACCAGAAUCGACGACAGUCAUAAGGAAAAAGAGGCCACCUCUCCAUGAAUUCAUUAGGAAACUGAUAUUUCAGGAUUUGAUGUAUAAUGAAUACGAAAGACGUGUGUUAAAGCAAUUAAGAUGUCUCGAUUGGGACAAUGAAUCAGUUGCUGAUUACGCUAUUAAAUGCCUUUCUAGUGCCUGGAAAAUUAAAUUCCAUCGUAUUGCAGCUUUGGCGAAUUUAGUUGCAGGCCUUGUUGAAUUUCAAGAAUUCGUUGGGACCAAAGUUGUUGAUUCAGUAUUAGAGGAUAUACGAAUUGGUAUGGAAAUAAAUCUACCUAAAAUGAAUCAGAGGCGGGUGGCAAUGAUCAAGUAUUUUGGUGAACUUUAUAAUUAUAGGCUCAUCGAAAGUACAGACAUAUUUAAGGUAUUAUAUUCACUGAUUACGUUUGGGAUAAGCGUGCAGAGAGGUGUACCAUCACCAUUGGAUCCACCGGAAAAUCUAAUUAGAAUACGAUUAGUUUGCACACUUUUAGACACAUGUGGAAAAUUCUUCACUCAUUCUGAUGUCAGAACGAAACUUCCAUAUUUCUUAACUUAUUUUCAGUGUUACUAUUGGUGUAAAAGGAGCGCACCUUGCUGGAAUCCCGAGAAUAGGUUUCCUGUUUAUGCUCAAUACCAACUUGAAGACUGCAUCGAAAAAAAUUGUCCAAAUGUUAAAGUUUACACUAGUCUCCAAGAAGCCUUAACUGCCGUUAAAAAUCUUCAAGAUCAAAUUAUGAGUGACUAUAACCUCAAUAAGGAUGAAAGUGGUGGUAACUUAGGAAUAUAUGGUAACUUUCUUGAUGACUCCAUUUUAUAUGAAGAAGAUGAAGAAGGUUUUUCUGAGGAGGAAUCUGACAAAGAAAAUAAUGAAUCAAAGAACCAAGUUAGCAAUGAUGAUGAUAUCUGGAGCGAACUGGAUAAAAUGGUUUCAGAUAAUGUUCAAGAAAGACUGAAAGAAGCAAUACGCCCAUCGCAGGACAUUGUUAUCCCAUUGCUUGGAAAAACUCAUAAGUCAACUGAUAAUUCCUCUUUUGUUCUUUUGAUGAGGAAAGGAAAUAAAACGCAGUGCAAGAGUUUGAAUGUACCUUUGGAUUCAGACCUUGUGAAAAAUCUAAAAUACCAAGAAGAGGUGGAAAGGCAAGAAAAAGAAAGAGUAAAAAAAUUGACGUUAGACAUUCAAAGGAUGCAGUUGGAAGAUUCUCUCGAACAGCAACAGGAAAAUUCAUCUUUAACCUCCAAUGUAAACCAUCAAAGAAGAGCGAGGUACUCAAGUACUCAGAAAGUUGAUCGAUUUCUAGACCUGUACUAUUCUAAUAAGUAGUUUUAAUAUAAAGAUCAUGAUUCAGAUCAUCAUGAUUUUACUAUUAAAAUACUAUCUACGAACCGUUUAAAGGAUCUUACGAG